AUGGGCAAAUCUCAUAGCAAACUUUCACCGGAGCAACUCGCAGAUCUACAAAAGAACACCUAUUUCGACAAGAGAGAGCUACAACAAUGGUAUAAGGGCUUUCUCAAGGAUUGUCCAUCCGGCCAGCUGGACAAGACUGAAUUCAGCCGUAUAUAUAAACAAUUCUUUCCAUUCGGGGAUCCAGGAGACUUUGCAGACUACGUUUUCAACGUUUUCGACGAGAACAAAAAUGGUACUAUUGACUUCAAGGAGUUCAUCUGCGCUCUCAGUGUCACGAGUCGCGGCCGAUUAGACGAGAAGCUCAAGUGGGCCUUUCAGUUGUACGACAUAGACAAAGAUGGUUUCAUCACCUAUGAUGAGAUGUUACAGAUCGUGACAUCCAUAUACAAGAUGACUGGACAAAUGGUCAAGCUCCCUGCCGAUGAGGAUACUCCUGAGAAGCGAGUAGAUAAAAUCUUCAGGAACAUGGACCGAAACAAGGACGCCCGGCUCACGUACGACGAAUUCGUCGAAGGUAGUAAACAAGACCCGACAAUCGUCCAGGCAUUAUCGCUAUACGAUGGUCUUGUAUGA